AUGGUUCUGACGGAGUUGCUGAGGCUAAAGGAAUCCAAAUCACCAGGUCCCGAUGAGAUUCCGGCGAAGAUUUGGAAGAAACUCGCCGGUGAGUUGUCUAAGUCACUCUCCAUGCUUUUUCAUACAUCCUACGAGACCGGAUAUCUGCCACCCGGCUGGAAGUCGACGUGGAUUACGCCGCUGUACAAGGGCGGAAGUCGGGUCUCUGCGAACAAUUACAGACCUGUCAGCCUCACCUCCAUUUGCUGUAGGAUUAUGGAGAAGAUAAUAAAGCAACAAUUAAUACAGUUCCUUGAAAAAAACCAUAUCCUUUCUUAUUCUCAGCAUGGAUUCGUAAAAGCAGACCCUGUGUGACAAACCUGCUCUACUGUGUGGAACACUGGACUAGAGUUGUUGAUAGGCGAUAUAUGGUGCAUGUCAUCUAUGCCGACUUUAAACUGGCCUCCGAUAGUGUGCCUCACCACCGCCUUCUAUACAAACUUAGCCGUGGAGCAGUGCGAGGUUAUCUUCUGAUGUGGAUUCGGAGCUUUUUAAUCGGCUGCUCUCAAGCUGUCCACGUCAGUGACCAACAAUCUGCCGAGGUUGCCGUUACGAAAUGUGUUCCCCAAGGCUCUGUUCUUGGCCCUACACUGUUCCUUGUACAGUUCAAUGACUGCGCAAACGAACUGACUUGCGAUGCCGCAAUGUUUGCCGAUGACAUAAAGAUCUGGAGUACCUUACGAAGUGAAGUUGAUGAGGCGCGACUGCAGACCAAUCUGGACCACCUCGAGCAAUGGUCCAAAGACUGA